CUUCCGGCUUCUGAACCGCUCAGGCAGCGGAAAUCAUUAAACUCAGCGGAGCUAAUCUGCGCAGCGUUCCACUCAAUUCUGUUUCUUUUAACGACAUUUAGCGUCUUUUAUUUAGACGUUAUUUGGGAGGAAACCGUGUGAAAUUCAGUUUCAGCGUCUUGAUUAUGGUGUAAACGGUGUGUGAGAGUGUGUAUGUUGGUCUGCUGGUAUGCUGACGUUAGCCAGUAAGCUGAAGAGGGAGGAGGGUGUGAGGGCCGGCCGGACCUCUGCAGGCUCCAACGAAGCCUCUCAUAGAGUGUCCAUCAGAGAUCGACUGCUCAUCAAAGAUGUUUCAGAACUUGAGGCCAACCUUCCAAAUACCUGUAAAGUAACGUUUCCUGAUGAAAACAAACUCUGUCACUUCCAGUUGGCUGUUUCACCAGAUGAAGGCUAUUACCUUGGUGGAAAGUUUCAGUUUGAGAUUGAAGUUCCCGAAGCCUAUAAUAUGGUGCCUCCCAGAGUCAAGUGCUUGACUCGAAUAUGGCAUCCAAACAUUGCAGAAACUGGGGAGAUCUGUCUGAGUCUAUUGCGAGAGCAUUCAAUUGAUGGUACUGGAUGGGCACCCACUCGUACUCUAAAGGAUGUAGUAUGGGGACUGAAUUCACUCUUCACU